CUUUAACCAACAAUGCACUGACAGGAAGUCACAACCGCCUCAGUCCACCUCCUGUGCUUCAAUGUAAGGUUUGAAAGAUGGUUAUUGGCGUCAAAAUGAAGACACUGUGUCUGAUUCUGCUCUUUCACGGCAGCCUGCAGCUCCAGUGUAACAAACAGCAGAUCACAGCUCACAUUGGAGGGGAUUUAAUUAUUUCCUGCAAGUACGAUACAAACCCUUACUUGUUAAGUAAAAAGUACUGGUGCCGCGGGGAGUCCAGAGGAACCUGUGAGAUUCUGCUGGAUUCAGAAGGCCGGGCUAAAACAGAACGCACACACAGGUCUCUCAUUGUGGAUGCUGGAAAAAGAGGGCUGUUUGUGAAAGUCACAAAACUCCAAUUUGACGACGCUGGAGUGUACUGGGUUGGGAUUGACAAAAUGAAUGCUGACAUCAUGUUUUCAGUUAAAGUGGUUGUCACUGAAGUUCCCGUCUCUAAACCCAGACUUUGGCCCCUGAGCUCUCUGGCGAACAGGCCUACAUGUUGGGGCCAGCCGGUGACGGUGCGCUGUGGUUGCGAACAGGGCACCGCCAUCCGCUACACUUGGUUCCACAAGAAGGCCUUGCUUCAGCUCUCACAGGACUUACGGCUGCACUGUGGCUCAGUGAAAAAGGACAGCGGUGACUAUUACUGUAUCGCCAGCAAUGAGGUCAGCAGUCAAAGAAGUGAGGGCCUCUCUGCGCAGGUCGUCGUGCCUGCAGACAGCGACUGCAUCUAUGUCAUUAACAUGCAAGGCCAACCUGUUUACGACUGUGCAGACAGAAUGACAACGACCACCAUCUCAACCACAACUCCAGCCCCAACUCCAACCACAAAUCCACCUUCGACUCCAUCCUCGACUCCAUUAUUGACCUCCUCCACCUGCCAACCUAUCAGAAACCAGUCUUUACCUUUCAGUCAGACUGAACAAAUGUGGUUUCUCUGCAGGGCACGCAUGGGUUUUCCAUUGUGGUAUACUCUGCUGCGUUGGAUUAUUUUUGCAUCCUUACUGGUAUUUCUGCACAUAUUUCAUGUGUGUAUAACAUCGAGACAAACAAAUGCCAAGAGGAAGAGGCGGGUACGUAUCAAACAUUUGGCUCAGUGACCUUUAUCACAGCAGUGGUGUUUCUUUGGAAGUCAUAUCAGCUCGGGAGGCCUCGGUUUCCCGGUGUCACAAGGUUCUUUGAUAACACUUGAUUACCUGAUUACCUGUGAGGAGUCAUGGUCAUUAUAUACGACAGCAUGUUCAACAGAAUGUCUCAAUGCUACAUCGAUGUUUUCUGCAUUACCAACAAUUAUAUAAAGAGGUCAUUUAAGGCACUUUCCAUUUAGUGUAUUUUAACAGGUGUAAAAAGUGGAAUGAGCUGCCACCCAUAUCGUGGCUCAAAUAAUACUAUAUGUUUGAUUCUAUAAGCUGUUUUUUUUUCUAUAUAAACAUAUGAAUUAACUCGUCUUCUUGGAACAUGUACAGUAAUAGAAGGGAAUAAUAACCAUGACUAAUGUUUAAAGUGGAAAUGAGGCAUCCCUCUGUGAUGCUCUGUUGGCAUUUCCCGAAGUGUUAGUCAAGCAAACACUCUUUGUAUUUUCUAUUCUUUUAUUUUAUUUCAUUUUACCCCCAAACAAGAAUGACAGCGUAGACAACAAGAUAAUGUUAAUAACAGUAACAUAUCUGUUUUUUUAAAAGUCUCCUAUCCCAAGCACAGCGUACAGACAUAUCCGGAUGUAAUUACAUCCUUGUUCUAGUUUUUAUUGGUACAUUCUUGAGUUCUCUGUGUGUCUUCAGUGUUUCCUGAUUACUGAGUUCUUGUGUUUCUUCCUGCCUCUCCGUGUGUGCCCUCAUUGUCUUCACCUCUUGUUAUCAGUCUAUGUCAGAUUUUAAAACUGUCC